AUGGCAACUUCCUCCAAAACGAGUUUGAAGCUUCUUAUUGAUAAGAAGGAGCAGAAAGUCCUUUUUGCUGAAGCAUCUAAGAAUUUCGUGGAUUUCCUCCUUAACAUGCUUGGUUUGCCUGUAGCUGCUGUUAUCAAGCUCCUCAGAAAAUCUACCACGGUUGGCUGCCUUGCUAAUCUUUAUGAGAGCUUUGAAACCCUCGAUGAAACUUGCUUGCUUAACUCUUCACUCUUGUCCAAAGCUGCUCUUACUGAUGUGUUCUUUGCAAAGCAGGAGGUCAAAGCUGGGGUAGCAUCUAAUAAGAAAACGAAUUCAUGGAAUUCAUUGAUUGAGAAACUUAUUGUCUUUUCCAUUGCAGCUGAUGCUUCCAGAAAGCCUGAUGCAAAGGCACAAGCCCAGAGGGCUGCUAGGGCUGUUAAAUCAGGACCAACAUUUAAGAAAGCAAAGAAGAUCCGGACAAAGGUUACAUUUCACCGUCCCAAGACAUUGAAAAAGGAGAGGAACCCCAAGUAUCCACGUAUAAGUGCAACACCUAGAAAUAAGUUGGACCACUAUCAGAUUCUGAAGUAUCCACUUACUACUGAGUCUGCAAUGAAAAAGAUUGAGGACAACAAUACCUUGGUGUUCAUUGUUGACAUUCGUGCUGACAAGAAGAAAAUUAAAGAUGCAGUCAAGAAGAUGUACGACAUUCAGACCAAGAAAGUGAAUACUUUGAUCAGGCCUGAUGGAACUAAGAAGGCUUAUGUCAGGUUGACUCCUGAUUAUGAUGCUUUGGAUGUUGCAAACAAGAUUGGGAUCAUAUAA